GCUGCGCGACAGUACCGCGCGGUGCUCGCGAGGGCACUUGAUCUUCCUGUUGCAGCGGUGCGGCUCUCCGUUGCGUGGAGCGGUCGUUUUGAUGUCACUCGCUUUAACCGCGUUCAGAAGGUGUGCGGUGUGUGCGUGGCGUCGGGGAACACACCACACAUGGCGGAGUUACAGGAAAGAAUAAGGCGUGUUGUUCGCGCCAUCAAUGAACGGCAGUCGGAGUCUUUUUUGGCUUCCCACCUUGUGCAGGCGUCGGGGGCCAUACCAGAGGUCGAGUUUGCGGCCACCGAGCGCGACGCCAUUGUCGCCGAGCGUGUGCACCGAUGGCUCUGUGAAAACAUCUUAAGGCCACACCUUGUGGUGGUGGUAUACGGAGCAAACAACGACGCGAGGAACGGCUCCAACAGCAAUGGGGUGCAAAAGAACGGGGAUUUGGCAAGGCAGCGUGCCUUCAUUGAGGAGAAGUGGCUGAAGGCAUUUUACCACCGUCGCGUGGUGCCCCAUGUGUUGUCCUUUUCGCGUCUUAAAGAACUUUUUCAGGAUGCGGUGAGGAGGGGGGAGGUGGAGGGCGUUGCGCUCCUGCAGCCGAAAUCCAAUCCAGACGAGGAGGCAAGAGAUGCAAAAAAAAGUCUGGAGGCGGAGGCGAAGAGUGGCCCCACGGCUUCUGCCACCGCAGCGCCCGCAGAAAAAAGCGGGACCCCCGUGAAGUUGUUGGCUUUGGAUGAUGAGGCGGCGUGGCACACUCUCCUUCGCAGUGCCGUGUUCCGCCGAUGCGACAAUCGCGUGGCGUUUCCGCUGCUCUUUAUCCACGGUGACUCCGUGGGCGGGGUGGAGGAGAUGCGGUACCUGCUGCACAACAGGGAGGCCCUUGACGCGGUGCUCCUGCAUCCAAACGAUGUGGCAUUCAAGAAGAAGUUCAUGAGCCGAUUCCGCUCCUCCCAUUCGCGUUUGCGCAUGGCGGAGGAAAUGUCCGUGUAA